AUGUCUGACCUGCGCUCCGAGCUCCAGUCCAGCCUCAGCGGACUGGACAUUAGCAAAAAAGGGCCGUUGCAGGACAUCACUCGCCCGAACAUGAAAACCACCGCCCCCGCGAAGCCCAAGAAGGCGAAGAAGCCCGUCCUGGACUCGUGGGAUGACGAGACGGAGUCUUCGGGCGACGAACCCACACCUCUGCAAGACGGUGCAUCCUCCUCAACCUUCCUUUCUCCCACCAUCAGCGCGGAGGGUCCUCUAGAUCCCCCGCCGACGCCCAUCUCGCCACAGACGUCGCAGCCAUGGGGUGCCGCGACAUCGGCGCCCACGUCGGAGCCCCCGUCGGCCUCUUCGCAGGGUGAUCCUGCUCGCCGGCCAGAGAAGCAGACUGCUGUUGCUGGCCGGCUGAUUGCCGGUGCGUUGGGGAUCCGGGCACCCAAGCGUACUGAGGAGCAGCGCGCUUAUGACCGUGCUACCAAGGAGCAAGAGAUCAAGCGCCGCAAUCGGGAGCGCGAGGAUCAGGCCAAGGCUAAGGAGGAAGAAGAGCGGGCGAAGGCUUCUGUGUGGACUGAUUAA